AUGGAAAGUAAUCCAGCCACGAAUCUAGGAGAAAUUAAGGCUGUCUCAGAUGGAGAAGGUAGAAGCAUACCAUUAUUGACAACUCUCUCUCUUACAAUUAAAAUCCUUCCUUAUUUUGGAUAUGCAAAUGAAUGCGAAACUCUAAUGACACAGCUUAGAUCAGAGUCCAGACAACUCUGGCUUUCUAAUGAAAACCAGUGGCUCAAACCUUACAUUAAUGACCAGGAGGAAGAAGUAUUCCAUAUAGAGAAGAGGAUAUUGAUUAUCAAUAAUCUUAAAGGCUCUUCAAGUUCUGGUGAUGAAGUAUUUCCAUAUUCACCAAUGAUGAAGCUAGCACACACAAACGCUUAUAAGUUAUAUUCUUUUUAUUUUUGGUUUUAUGAUGAGGAUCUCCCAGGCCUUGAAACUAUUGCUGAUUUCUGACAAAUAGUGGAUUCAGAAUUGUUCAAAGUUAGAAUGAUAUAUGUUAUAGCUGAAAUCAGCACAAUUUCUGCUUCUGAAUGGCUUUUCAAAAUUUCUAGAGCUCUUAAGAUCAAAGUGGGAGAGCAUAAAGUUGGUAAAGCAACUUAUUAUAAAUUUAAGAACCCACCUUUUUGAAUUUAUGGAACAAGUUGAUUUGAUGGUACUAAAAACCUUUAUGUUUGCGCAAAUGAUUGGGAACCCCCAAAUCUUCAAAGUGAACAAAAUUUGAUUAAAAAAAUUAAAGAUGAUUCCCUUGAACUUCCUGGACUUGUAGAGUUAUUCAGAAAAUUAUUCGAGAUUAUGACAAUGAAAACUUUUUUAAAAGAAUUUAAAAAUUCUUGCAUUAAUCUAAGCCUGUAUUGUACGAAUAUUAUGAGAAAUAAGGAUUGUAUUCACCAGCUCUCAGAAAUAUUAGACAAUCACACAACUACUGAAGAUUGUCAGAGGGGUUUUGUUCCAACUUUCAAACUUGACUGUAAAAGGUUAUUUAAAGAUCGGAGUGAGUCCAUGCAGCCAAACGAUCUUGAUUGAAUUCCAAUUUUAUCAAAUGUGCUAAACAAUAAAGGAUUUCCAAUCCAAUUAGUUUUCUUUAGAAAAGGUUACAGGAAGGCCACGAAGUAUGAGAUAAAAGGAGACAAAUGCUUGAUUGGCUACAGCAACUGGACUAUGAAAAUGACUAAUUUCAGGUUAGAAGCUACGGAUGACUACACUAUUGAUAAUAAUUGUAUUGUAUUCGGAUCAAGUGAUAACAGUUUUAAAGCAGAUGUCUAUGAAAAAGCGAGUUUUAAUGACCUUGAGGAGCACAAAUCCUCAUCCGAAGACCUAAAGAUCUAUAUUCCUACUGAUGAAAUCAAAUCUCUCAGCUGAGAUUUUGAAUUCCUGAGAAAAAUACUCUCUGUAGGUUCAAUUCAGAAACUAUCAGAUUUGCAAAUAAAGAUUUUUUCUAUUGAUCUUAGUAAAGAAUACACCUGCGAGAUUCUCCAAAGCCUGCCUAAAUUCAUAAAAUUAGAGAUAGAAAUCAUAUAUCUUGAAUCUGAAAGUGACCAGCAAGAACAGAACAAUGGAAUAUCCUUUGAAGCUCUUCAGAAUUUGAACUUAAAGAAACUCAAGAUUGGUUAUGAAAUCAGCAACGAGGAUUUGAUACUCUCAUUAAUUUCAUUUCUGGAAAAUCAAACUGCUCUUAAUGUUAUCUCUGUCAAGAUCAGAGCCUCUGAGAUUGAAGAUGUAAACUCAGUCUUUAAGUCCUUACUCGGAGCUAUCCAGGACUUACAUUGUUUAGAUAUUAACAUCUCAGUUUCAGAAGCAACCCUUGAGAUGUCUGAGAUGUCUAAAGAGUUUGCUGAAAUCAACAUUGACAAGGUCAUUUCGAUCAGCCUGAAUCCCCCAUCAGGAAGAUCUGACCCAAUCGAAAAUCUUGGAAAUACCAAUCCAGACGAUUCUAGUCCAGAAUCUCAAGAAUAUUCUGAAGAAAUACUGAUAAGAGACGCGUUCACUAAGUUAAAGGACAAAUUUUACUAA